GCUCAAACCGGGUUGGUGCUUGCUGGCCUCUCAAACCGCGCGAACAACUUUCCGCCGCCAUCCUCAGAUCAGGCCCCGUUUCCAGCAUCAUUUCCGCGUCGCCUAUCCCAAUCUAGCAACCUGCAGUGACUUUGAAGAUCCGCCGGCUUCUCCAUCUUCAGGGAUUGUCCUUCAGCGAGCGCCUCAGCUGUCCGGAGCCCACUCCUCCAACGCAAACUCCAACUCCAUGAGACCGACGUCAAAACAACGCCUUCUCGUUACCCGCUGGACGUGAAUACCUACCCAUUUUCCCCAUCUACAGAGGACACGACAAACAUCGACUGAUAGACGUACUGCUGGCAGAGCGCAGCCAUGGCCGCUACGGACAGGCUGAGCUUCCUGCCCACCAUCAAGUGCUCCAGCUGUAGUGCGGAUAUCGAGAUCUCACAUUUGGCCGAUCAUGUCUGUGCUAUCGGCUCUUCAAAUGCGGUGGAGCCAGCUUCGCCCAAGCUGGAUCGCUCUGCGACCUUCGGCGGCGCAUCGUUCAACAACAGGCUAGAAAGCCAACCACGGUCCGGUCGCAUGCCUCCUCCACCAAGGAUAGAUCCUUAUGCUGCUAAUAAACCGUUUCGCCCGCUCGACCUGUCGCCAAUGAGCAACUAUAGCGAUCCGAAGAGUCGUUCUCCUCUCUCACCCGGCAAUGCAAACCCUCCUUUCAAAAUGAACCGGAGUGCGACAAGCCCUAUGCCACGUCCUCUCGCGCCUCCUUCUCCUGACCUUCCGCCGAAUAUGGACUGCGCUUUCCCUCCCUUCCCCACCAGCCGAAGCGGAACACCAACGAGCGCGAGGCCCAAACCGAGGGACAGGGCGGGGCCAAGGUAUGAACAGCGGUAUGCGCAGCCGAGCCCACUUUAUGCGCCCUUGAGUCCCCGUGUAGAUGGAGGAGAAAACGUCGUCAAGCGAAUGAAUACCAUUGCUCCAGGACCAUUCGAUGGAAGAGCGAGCAGUCGCAGACCAAGUACAUCUAGCGGUCGAGGAUCACCGGCGCCGGGCAGCCAGCCGAUUGGCCACAGGCGGACCAAUACGCAAGGGAGCACAAGAAGCAAUGGCAUGGCGCCAAAUGCAAGGACUUCACUCGCAUCCACGGCGUCACGGAGCUCAGUCUUCUCAAACGGCAGCGUGGGCUUACCGGCGCGACCGAAACCUGGAAUGGGAGCAGUUGGCGCAAUGGCGCCCCCUCCACGACCGCCAGCGCCGCCAGCAAAAUCCGAGGGUAUCGAUGCCUUCUUAGCGCGUUUGCAAAAAGAGACUAUGGAACCCUCAAAGAUCGGUCAGGAUAGCCGAUCGAGGACGUUCCCAAUGCGGCAAGAGAGCAGAGAUGCCGCGGACCCGACGCCAAAGCCGUCAGACACGAAUGGUCCUAUAAGACGGCCCACGGAUACCGACUCUUCUGGGUUUGUCCCCCGUUCCAACAACAUGUUUCCUUCACGUAGCACCAGUCGCGGAGGGUCAAAGACUACUAUUCGCAGAGAUGACCUGCCACCACUACCGCCGCUGCCUAGCUACGCAAAGGAUUUUCCAGCAGACCCUGUGCACACGCCUUCGGAUUCCGGCCUAUCGGAGGAUUCCUAUGCUAGCUCCGGGUUUAGAAGCGCCGCGAGCUCACGGUCAAGCCCGCCACAGUCAGAAGCAGGGCACUCACGUCAAGCAUCCAGAGUCGGCCGGUCAGACUACACACCCGAUGAACCGAUACAAAGAACUACCAGCCCGGAAUCCUUCAUGGAGGCUAGGCCACCCCCGCUACGACCAGACAGCCGUAAAGAGAAUACAAGCUUCAAUCGUGGACAGGCCCCAGCACCUCUGUUGCAACCGCCCAAGGCACCCUUCUUCGACGCCCCAGAAUCCCCCCUAGAUCCUGCGAUUCAGAGGGGAUUAUCGUACCAAAAGCGAGAUGCUGAGCCCAAAGUGAUCCGCGAUCCAGCGUUGAAUCUAGGUCUCAGCCCGCCACCAAUGCCUGACGCUGAAGCACGACGGCCGAUAAGUCGCCGCCCUACAACCGGAAACAAGGGCAAAUGCCGCGGAUGCUCUGACCCCAUCAUCGGCAAAUCAGUGAAAGAUUCCUCGGGCCGCCUCACAGGACGUUACCACAAGCAAUGCUUCGUCUGCCGCACCUGCCGCGAUCCCUUUCCGACCGCCGAAUUCUACGUCUUUAACAACUUUCCUUAUUGUGAGCAGCACUAUCACGAGCUCAACGGUUCGCUUUGCGGAUCGUGUAACCGCGGCAUCGAGGGGCAGUAUCUCGAGACGGAUUCGCGCCAGAAGUUCCACCCGAGGUGCUUUACGUGCUCGACAUGCCGUAUUGUGCUAAGAGACGAUUAUUAUGAGGUUGGGGGACGCAACUUCUGCGAGCGGCAUGCGUAUCAUGCGGCGAAUCAAAAUAGUAACUUGCUAGGUGUCGGGGGGAACAAGGCGAGGAAUUUGCAGAAGAGGAGGACGAGGCUUAUGAUGAUGAGCUGAGGGAAUUUCAGGUUACAUCUUUCCUGCGUCUUUUUUUGUUUUCAAUCGUCUUUCUCUUAUGUCGCCACGUCUUUCAGCGUUGC